UUGCGAGAAAAUGCGUUCGAUAGAAGCCGAUGUCGCAGGCACCGUUAGAUAUUUUAGAGCAAGUUGAUAUAAUCCUGGAUAGAUGUGCUUUUUAGAAAAAAGUAAAUCUUCUUCACGACUUAUCGGACCCUUAUACGACUCUUAUUAAGUCCGUAUAUAAGUGUUCGACCACGGUUGUGGUAAUUAUUCUGGACACCUACCCGCCACCUCGAGUACAAGUACGAGUACGAGUAUCGGACCCUCGAGUACGAGUACGACCAAAAUCGUACUCCAGUACGAGUACUUCGAGUAUUUUGCCCAGCUCUGGGGUACAAGAAGUUUCAUUACUAGGGCAGUGAAACAUUUUUUUAGUGCUACGUCAAAGCAGUUACGCUAAAGAUAUCAAUAUAACACAGCCACGUAUGUCUUGUGGUAAUGAACUACAGAAGGACGCGAAUAUCUUGUCAGACAACAGUGAGACAAAAGCCAGUCAUAAUUCAGAAGAUUCACAAAUCAAAUUCGAUCCACCUGUCUCUCGCCAGCGUUAUAAAUAUGUUAUUGAUCAAUUAUCACUAGACAAAACUCUUUCUUCAAUAAUAGAUGUUGGUUGUGGAUCGUGUUCAUUGUUUCAAUUAAUGAGAUAUUCAAGUGAUCACAUUCAGUUAUUCUGUGGAUAUGACAUAAUGGAAUUUCAGUUAGAUGAAGCAUGCAAUUUUCUCAGACCAUUGACUUAUGAAUUUAUUGCGCCUCGUCGAGCGUUACCAUCACACGCAUUUAUAGUUCUUGGUGAUGCGACUAAGUCGUGUUCAUGUUUUCAUAAUUUUGACGUUGUCACAUUGAUUGAAGUUAUUGAACAUUUGUUACCAGAACAUUUGACGUUACUUGUUGAUCAUGUAUUUCAACAUAUGCGCCCAAAAUUAAUUAUCGCUACAACACCAAACGCCGAUUUCAAUGUGUUAUUUCGCACUAUGCCGUAUGGAAAGUUUCGUCACAGUGAUCAUAAAUUUGAAUUUACACAACAGGAAUUUCAAACGUGGUCAAAUAAUAUAGCACAAAAGUAUGGUUACGAUGUUUCGUUUGAUGGAGUUGGUUUAGCACCAACAGACAAUGACGCGUAUUACGAGCAAAUCGGUUAUUGUACACAGAUAGCUAUAUUCCAUUCACAUGCAUUUUUUCAGAAAGAAAAAUUAAAUCAUAUUGAAUUACGCAAACGAUUCGCUACUUGUACCUCGCAUAGUCAUCAGUUAUUACGUUGUAUAGAGUAUCCAUUUGAUGAAAAACUAACUAAAUUGAAUAAUGGCAUACUUGCUAGCGCUGAGAGAGCAAAACUCCUGCACAGUCAAAUCAAGUAUAUAUUGUCGAUGUAUAAAUUAAAUACAAUGACUAAUCUCAGAAAUGGAGUAACACUAUCAAACAACAGCGAGAAUAACAAUAGUGAAUUACUACAAUUAUAUGAUCUUGAUGAGAUUCAUGACUUAGUCACGGUCUCUAUUGAUUCUUUACUUCAGCAUCCACGUCUAAUUGCACAAAACUGCGAAAAAGAAGAAAUUAUCAAAAUAGCGAUGGAAGAAGGUUACGCUAUUGUGAACAACUAUAUCGUGCUUUGUGAUGAAAUUAAUCAACAAGAUGAAAAUUAUUAUGAUUAUUCAGACAAUUAUGAUGAUGAUGAUAAUACCAUUCCUCAGUCAAAUUUGACGUCAGAUAUUAUACCAACCUUCGCUAUUGAAGAGAGUUGGGAUUGA